AUGGCUGCGCCUCCUGACUUCGACGAUAGCCAGGGUGUCCCUCGUCCAUACAAAAGACCUCGUCAUGAUAGUGCGGCUGACGAUGCCCUGCAUCCGUAUAGUUUUCCGACGGCGUCCUCCCCAUUGCACCCAGAGACAGAUCCUGCAUCGGAAGCAGCUGCGAAGAAGAACAGAAAGAAACCACUAUCUUGUGGUGAAUGCAGAAGGUUGAAGCUGAAGUGCGACCGUGUAUUCCCCUGUCAGUCCUGCUGCAAGAGAGGCUGUGCUGAGAUAUGCCCUGAGGGCUCUCUCACAGGAGGAAAGGGCAGCAGAUUUAUUCUCGCUAACACGGAGCAGUUGCACGAGAAAAUCAAAGCAAUGAGCGAACGCAUCCGCAAUUUAGAGGAUGCUCUGCAGAGCAUGCAUGCACAAUACUCGCCUGAAGUUCACCCUCUGCUACGUCCAGAAUUGUUGCUGAUCAAGAGAUCACCCGAAUUAUUUGGAAUUGAUCGGAGUGGAAUGCCCACCACAUCUGCGAGCGAUAAUCAUACAGGGGACGAGGAUGAGCAACCUGCUGCAGGCUCAUCGUCUGCCCCAACAGAAAUUGUGACAGACUGUCCUUACACUUACCCCAUGCCUGCAAUGCCGCUCCGUAAUGACAUACCCGAGGACAUUGCGCGGCUAAGCCAUGCGUUCCCCGUGUCGCCCUCGACAGAUUCCGAAUUCGACCCUUCCUUACGACAACGCCUGCGCGAAAUGCUUCCUCCGCCGAUGGAAGCACAGCGAAUUUGCUCACAAGCACAGCAGAAUGCGUUUUGGCACUACAGUCCAGAUGCGAGUGAAAGCUUCAUACCCAACUUACUUCACAGCGUGUACAAUGCGCCCCUACAAGCUCUCCUUCCUCAUCGCCUCAGCCUCUUCCUCAUGAUUCUGGCCAUCGGGACUAUGGUGGACCUGAAGGAAGACCAAGAUCGAGCUCGGCACGACGCUGAGAGAUAUCACCAGCUGGCGCGAGCAGCGAUGUGUGAGACCAUGGUCAUCGACGACCCUAGUUUUGACGCCAUCAAUUCCCUGUUCUUCAUGGUCUGGUAUUUGUUGAUGUUCUCAUAUCACAAGAAGUCCAUCGAACAUGCAUGGGGUAUUAUGGGUCUCCUUGCAAAGUUGGCGCAAGGUCUCGGCCUCCAUCGCGACGGUGUUCGCCUGAAGAUGAUUCCUGAGGAACUCGAUAGACGGAAGACUCUACUGUGGAAUAUGAUGAGUGUCGAUGUUCGCUUGGCGCUAAUGCUGAGACGACCACCAUCGAUAUGCAUUCAGCACGUAGACGCGAAGCGGCCGAUGUACAGCCUGGAGAAUGAUUCACCAUCCACGAGUAUCACGGCAAGCUAUAAUGCUUGGCGAGACAUAUUCACCGUCCAAUGCAUGGCCCCAGUGCUGGAGUCAGUCAUCGCCACCCAGCCUCCGCCAUAUAUCGACAUUUUGCAGCUCGAUUGGAAGAUCCGCGAUUUUGUGAUUCCGCCCAUACUGCGAAUGGUAGACGACGACGGGUUUAUACCCAAUCAUCCCGCGGGCUUGCAGCAGGCAUUGACAUUCUCCGCACGCGAGACAGCGCUGCUGAACCUGCACAGGUGCUACUUCUUGCAAGCGCUGAAUGCCGAGGAAGGCUUCACGAUGAAGCACAAGUACGCGCCUUCGGUCCUCGCUACUUAUACGAGCGUGUGCAACGUAGUAUGGACUGUGUGCACAUGUUACAAAUGGGAGCCUGAUCUUAGCCUACGCAUCACCAUGCUGUGGCACAACUGCCUGUCUGCUGCAGUCGCACUUUGCGUGCUUGUUUCCCGUUCACCUUCGAACUCGUUAACGCCUCACGCACUCGUUGAACUUGACAAUAUCAUGAAGCUAUUCUCCGAAGUCAAGAGCCGCUGUCCCACUGUUGUGAAGGCAACUCCGCUCCUCGACACGAUCAUCCCUCGGAGUCGCAUCGCGUACAUGAACUGGCGUAACGGUCUGCAGGGCGCUGGUUGCUUCGAGGACGAGAUCUGCGUAAUCGCGCGACGCACAGGGAUUUUGGCGAACACAGGAGCUGGCAACGAGCUUAUGUUCCUCGACGGCGACGCGAGCCCGUUCGAGCAUGCGCACCCACUGUUGCGGCGCUGCUUCGAGCAGUCGACGAAAGAAGGGCUGAGCGCGCUUGACCCGCUCCUGCCCCCGCACAACUCGUUAGGCCCGCUACAGACCACGAGCACCUCGCAGACGUUCAGCACGUCCGCGGAGCGCACGGUCCAUGAGCACGUCGCACCUGUGGGAAUGCACCGGAAUGACUCUCCGAGCUCGCAGGCCGCGUGCAACGCGGGAUGGAUCGGCGCAGAGUUCCAGGACAGCAGCUGGAUGACAUGGUAUUGA